AUGAUGAGUAGUGUAAUCCAGAAAAGAAUUUUUGUAGGAAACAUUUUCCAUGAUGCGGAUGACUGUUAUUCAGAACUAUUAAAUAGAUUUAGCAAGUUUGGUGACUACCAAGAUGCGGAAUUUGAAAAGCACAAUCACUUUGCAUUUAUUGACAUGAAAUUUAAUGAUGAGGCAGCAUUUCACAAGCUGAAAAAAAGUUUCAAUAAUGUUAAGUUUAAAGGGAACAUAUUGAAGAUUGAUGAAGCAAAGCCGAGUUGGGAAUCUAGUUGGGCGGUACAACAUGCGAAGGACCUCGAGGAGAAUAUUGUGCAAACCAUCAAGAUGAAAAAAAAGAAUUGGGAGCAUUACAAAAAGAUGGAGAAUGUGGCGAAGAGCUGGAAAGAUCAUAAGGAGGUUAUUUCAGGAAGAAUGAGAGAGGUUCCCAGGAAAAGAGCUCAGUCGAGAAACAUUACCUUCAGAAUUAAUGUGGACGGAUCGUUGAAAGUUUAUAAAUGUUACAAAACAAAAUUAUGGGGUUAUGAGAGAAACAAAGAAUUAAAUGACCUGGUGUAUAAAUUUACUAAUAAUUUCUGGAAAAACGGGUAUGAUCAUAUUGUAGAUAGGUUAGACUAUAGUCAUGCAGCCAAGACUAUUCGAUUCAGUAAUGGGCUGAAACAGUUGACCGUAUCACAGAGUGAGAACGCUGGAAGCGGAACUACGGACAGCGAUGAGAAUGUUUCAGAAGAAGAGAAGGAGAAAAACAAUGACAUUCUAAAUGGCCUAUUAAAGGGCUUUGAUUUCGAUAAGCCGAUGCCAUUGAAUGACUCCGAGGAUGAGCUGAUUGUACAAGAUGAAGCAGGGGAAGAAUAUGUUUCAGAGAGGGAGGAUUCCGUACUGGAAGAAGUACCAGAAGAAGCCACAGAGGAAAAUGUUUCAGAAGAGAAGGAUGCUGUAAUAGAAGAAGACAUUGCAGAAGAGGAGGACGCAGUAGUGGAAGAUAGUCCGGAGCAAAUUGUGAACGAAGAAGAUGACGUUAUAAUGGAAGAAGUUCCAGAGAAGAAAGAAGAACAGGAUGACGAUGGGGAGGAGGAUCAUGAAUUCAUUCCAACUUUCAGCAAGGAAGUUGGUCAAGGCACAAUAAGCAACACAGAGACAUUAAGAACCUUGUUCAACCCCAACGAGGCAGAACCAGUGUCAGAAUUUAAAUUAAUUGAAGAUUCGGACAACGAUAUUGAUCAUGCAAAGGAUAUUGAUGUCCAGCAACAAGAAGUAGAAGCAAGAAACUCACACGCUUUGGAAUUUGAUUCCACCAUGGCCCAAACAUCCAAGGAUAAAGAUACCAAGAACUUCUUAUUUUUCCCUCAUUUGCAAUCGCCAUUUUUGGUGGGGCAAACACAGUUGAGUAAAGUGAGAGCUAGUGAGAACGAAAAGAUUCUGUCGACCUGGGACGAAGAGUUUUGGGCCAACAGAGGUAACUGGACGCGUGACAUGAGACGCAAAAUGAAAGAUGCACAGAAGCAUCGCAAGAGAAAACAAUCCAAAAACGGGGUUCUUUUAUAA